AUGGGAAAGCUGAAAAUGGGUAACUCGGUUGUGACGAGCGAGCCUAGAAGCUCGAGAAACGGAUCUUCUGGUCCUGCUCUCUUCCAAUGCCAGGGAUUCGGUGAUUGCCGAAUGGUUUUUACACGAAGUGAACACCUUGCUCGUCAUAUCCGGAAGCACACUGGUGAGCGACCAUUCCAAUGUCACUGUCUAAAAAACUUUUCUCGUCUUGACAAUCUCCGUCAGCAUUGUCAAACUGUGCAUGAAGAUAAGCCAGAGUUGAAUGAGAAAUUGUUGCAAAAACUAGCAUCUGUACAUUCCAAUAUGUCUUCUGCAAAUAAGGUUUCGAGUGUGAAUGGGAAAGUCGACAUGAAAGAUCACCAAAAGAAGCGCAAGGCCGACUCGGAGCCUUUUAAUCUGAAUGGCAUCGAAUCUAAAAGAAUGGCUCACAUGGCUGACCUUCCUCUGAUUGACUCGAAAUCAUCAGCGAAGAGCAAUCAAGUAACUCAAACGCGGCCAUCAAAUGAUAUUAAAACCAAUUUGAGCUCCGCUUUUGCGAACGGAACAGAUUAUAUGAUACCCACGCUGGCUCGUCAACCGCCUCCUGCGACAAAUCAAGCAGGCAGUUGUACACCUGUAUCUGGUCGUAUUUCACCGCCGUAUUUUUUUGCCAACUAUAUUCGACCUAAUAGUAUUUCCGAAGCCCCACGUUAUCCUGGAUCGUAUUGGCCGGCAUCAUUCAGUUUCACACGACCACCAAUUUCGAAGAAUUCGCGGACAUAUCUUCAACCUUUGUCCAGCAUGGCGUCAGGUGCGUCUCUGCAAUAUUCGCCUUUUCAUGAUACUCCUGCACCACCUUCAAUUCGAAGUGGUCUGAAUAAUGGUAUGGCUCUUAAUAAGCAUGCAUUGAGAGCGCCAUCGCAAAAUGAUCGAGAGAAGUUAAUGCCAUUACCAAGCAUGUUGGAUCGGUAUUCCAAGGAAAGGUCUCAGAUUACAUCAAGUUCUGCCUUAGAAUCAAAUCCGACAAGUUUGAAGCAUUGGUCGCUUGCCUCGACGAAACAAGGUCAGAAGUCGAGUAGCAUACUAACUCCCGUUCAUUACUCAAAACUCAAAAGAUCCUCCCUCGAACCGCGGCAUUCAAACGCGCCUUAUACUGCUCCUAUUUUGGAUUCUGAUCGUUCGCGUUUGUAUGCGCCAUAUUUAUUAUCCCGACAAGAUGUACCCGCCCCAAAAACGAUACCCGAGCGAUAUCCUUUUAUAAACAAGUAUCAUUCUACACGCUAUCGUCUUCCGACACAGUCUGCAUGUCAGAGGCUACCUCGUAAUCUAACUUCUAAUGAAACACUGAGUACUUCGCUUCCUGUAUCAUCGGGUACGCGAUUUACACCUUGGUCUACUGUCAAAGCACAAAACGCGCAAAACACUUUUGCAAUUCCAUAG